AUGGAAAACUCGGAUACCAAUGAUGAAGGAGAUGGAGUUUCGGCCCAACGCAUAAGUCAAACGGACCGAUUGGUUUGGGAAGAAGAUUUCUCCAGGUUUGUAAAUAAUCUGAGUGAAGAAGAUUACAAACUUAUGAGAGACAACAAUCUUCUAGGCAUUCCAGGUGAAAGUACAGAAGAAGAGUUGCUGAGAAGACUUCAGCUAAUUAAAGAAAACCCACCACAAGACUCAGAUGAAAAUACAGAUAGAGGAGACUCUUCAGAUGAUGUGUCUAGUGGUGACUGUACAAUAGGCUGGCUUAACUGUUCUGGACAAACUGAAAAUAUGACAAGUGGACAAAGAGAAAACCAAUUUUGGAGAGAAGAGAGCCAAAUUAAUCCUAAAAGUGAUCAGUUCAGAUUCAGUUUAGAAAUAAAUUUUAACCUUGAUAAUGGGAGUCCAAAUCCAGAGAAUCAAUAUGUAGCAUCUGCAAGACUUCCCAGAAGAGAAAAUAUGGAAGACAGCCAAAGGCAAGUGGACAAUCCACAAUCUGAAUCAAUAUUUACAAGACCAUCUAUGUCUGAACAAGAUACAACUGAAACAUUAAUGGAAUUCCCACCUACCAGAAGUCAGAGAAGAGCAAGAAGUAGGAGCCCAGAGUAUCGGAGAACCAGAGCAAGAAUUGAAAGUUGGUCGCCUCCACGUUCACUUAGGGAAACUGUACAAAGACUUAAUCAUAGUAUACCAUCUCAGACUUUUGAGCAGCCUCUGGUAAGUGAGAAUGCGAGAUUUUCUAGAACUGAGCACCAAGAAAUAUUGAGACAGCAAAUGACUGGAUUUGAGUUGCAAAACAGUGGUCUUAUUGAAACUUCUAGAACAAGGAAUGCCGUUCAUGGAGAAAAUUCUCCAGAUACAACUGGCAGUGGUGAAUCUUGGGGAAUGAGGAAAAUAUAUCCAACCAUACCCUUCAAUCUUGAAGUAGGACAAGUUCAUUCUGGAGCAUAUUCUCAGAGAGACAGCAGAGCUAGUAGAACUCAGUUAACAUCUGAGACACCAAACAACACUGUCACUUCUGAAAGUGAAUGAGGACUGAGGCGUAUGUAUUCACAUUCUGAGCAGGCAGAUGUGAGAGCUUAUGUCAAUACCAUCAGAAAUCCCGUUUGUAAAAUUUUAAAUACUAGCUUAAAUGAUACAACAUCUGUUCCAAUUCAGAGCAUGUUAAGGCAGACAAUGACAGAAUUUAGUAACUCAAGUAACCUUAUGGACAUUAACGGUAAUUUAGAGCACAGUGUCUCACCUCCAAGUCAAAACAUGGAAUGGCCAGAGUCACCAAAUAGAAGAGAUGGUCCUAAUGGUAGUAGUAGUGGUAGAUUUUGUUGUGAUUCAAAUCCUAGCUAUGAUACCCAUUCAAGUUCCACACUGAUUUGUCAUUCAAGACCCAAUUGUACGUUUAGUUCCAGUUCUAGUCCUAUUUCCAGUUUCAGUCCUAUUUCCAGUUCCAGUCCUAUUUCCAGUUCCAGCUCAAGUGAUGAAAAUUCAGGAAUUAGCUCACUGAUGUUUGAAGGCAGUGAAGAAAGAAACUUAUCAUCAGACGUAUCAUCAGAGACCACGCAAGGGAGUAGACGAAUGACCCCAGUAAUAUUUAAUGAAAGUGACUCUGGGCCCUCCUAUAAUCUGCAACAGUUUUUCCUCUUAAGUGGAGAUAAUCUAUACCCAACUACAGGACUCACCAAAGCACAGAUUGACAACUUGGCUGUAAGAUCUUUUGGUGAAAAUGAUGCAUUAAAAGCCUGUAGCAUUUGCAUUACAGAGUACACAGAAAACAGCAAGCUUCGCAUCCUACCUUGCUCCCAUGAAUAUCACAUUCACUGCAUUGACCGCUGGCUGUCUGAGAACUCUACCUGUCCUAUUUGUCGUGAGCAAGUAGUGGAUUCCAAUGAGAGUGAAAAUUCUAAUUGA